AUGCCCCCAGGGACAGCCCCUAGGACAAUACCCCCUUCCGGACACGCCCCCGGACAAACCCCUAGACUAACCCCCUCCGGACACGGCCCCCAGGAACCCCUAGACAAAAAACCUCCUUCGGAGACGCCCUACCACGGACAUGCCCCCCUUAGCACCCACUCCUUGGACAGCGCACCACCUUUUGGGCUGUUGCUUUUUCUUUUUAAUUCUGACAAACCUCCUCCGGACCAACGUCCCCCCCGUAACCCCCCUAGACAAACCUCACUCGCGGACCAGCCCCCGGACACCCCCCUACGAGCAUCCUCCGGACACGAGACCCCGGACAACCCCCUUAGACAAACCCCCUCCGACACGUCCCCCCAGGACACCCCCCUAGAACAAACCCCCUCCGACACGCCCGCCCCCUCGACAACCCCCCUACGAGCAAACCAGCCUCCCUGGAAGCUCCGCAAGGACCCACCCCAUAGACAAACGCCAACCCUCCGGACCCAACGCCCUCCCUCCCCCCGAAACAACCCCGACAAACCCUCCGGAAAGCCCAGGAACAACCCCCCUAGACAACACCCCACCCUCCGGGACACGCGCUCCAAGGGACACCCUCCUCUAGAAAAACCCCCUACAGCGGAACAAACGCCCCGCAGGACACCCCCCUGCCAGAACAACCCGUCCCGUCCGGACAUACCACGCCCCAGGAAACCCCUAGAGGCAAGCACUCCAGCAUCCGGCAACACGCUCGGACUCGGACACCUCGAUGCACCACUCGUUGCACGAGUGGCCGCGAUGGCGACACCACAAGCGCCCCCUACACUAGACAAGCCCCCAUCGGACACGCACGGAUGA